AUGGGAGAUUACGGGGCAAGUAAUCAUCUAGAAAAUGUGACCCAUGCUUGGCUCAAGCAGGGAACAUACCAAGAAGAUCUCCAGAAAGGUAUCGAGAACGUCAGAACUAAGGUCGGAGCGUUCAGAGACGAGGCUCAGCAAUGUCACGCUCAAGAAACACAUGAGGACAUCCGCCUUCUAUCUGACAUGAAUCAACAAUCGAGGACAUUGGCCUCCUUUUAUCAGAGAUUUUUCAAACUACUGGAGACGAAUUUAGGUUUAGAGCAAUCUGAUCAGCAAUCUAGUUCCUCACAACCACGGAUAUCGGUUUACGACAUGGUGAACGCAACCCACAUCCUUCACGGGACAUCGAUAUCCAUGAACACGCGGGCAAAUGCCGACGAACGACAAGCGGAGGCUAAGAAGUCACAGGAGCGAUUACUUAAGUCUCUUCAAUACGACCCAAAUCUCGUUCCACGGGACGUGGCCACCCAGAUUCGUCUUGGUUACAGACUGACCAACAAGCAAAAAGCCAAAGCAGCCACCCUCAUACGACACGAAAAUUUCAAGUCAUUCAUGACGAAUACAACGUCAUCAAGCUGUCUUCUCGUCAAUGGAAGAGACGACACCGCUGCCGUUGACGGGAUCUCACCGCUCAGUCUUGUAGCUGCCCAGUCAACGGAAAGCUUCAUGGCUGCAGGAGAUCCCUCGACUCCGUUCUACGUCAUUAAUUGGUUUUGCGCGGAGCAUAAGCCAGGCCUCGUGGUAGGCAACAAUGCUACAACAGAUCGCUGCCCCAGCAGAAUGAUGACGAGCCUCGUCGGUCAGCUUCUCGAAAAAAUGAUUGACAGUGGCGUAGAGGUCGACUUAUCAUUCAUGUACGAUUCCAAGUGGCGGCAUGUGGAGCAGCUGAAACCGACGACUCUGUGUUCGCUCUUUGUCAGACUAGUAGAGCAGCUUCCUCAAGGGAGUAUCUUGUUAUGUAUAGUUGAUGAAAUUGUCUUGUACGAGACGCUAGCUCUGGAGAGCGACACGAAAGUAGUCAUGGGGAAGCUGGCAAGGUUGGCUGAGAAGCUUUCCACCGGACCGCAGAUUUUCAAACUUCUCGCAACGUGUCAGAAUAGAGCUUUGGGUAUGGCGGAACAUUUUGGCUACAACAAAAUUGUCAACUUGGGUGGCAGCACGGGCUCAGAUGAAUCAGCACAGUGGGCGAUAUCUAACAUGUCCAUGGCAUACUAG